GUAAAGAACGAUAACUCGUACUGAGUAUUGAUUUCACGCCUCACAGGACACCAUUAUUUACAUCAGUCGGAUCAGAAGGAAAACCUCAGAACGGAGAAAACAAGCGGAGUCGAUAAGCAAUGGCUGCAGGUACUCCAAAACGCCGCGUGGUUCUGGCCAUGGACGGAAGUGAAUAUGCCGAUUACGCUUUUAACUGGUAUAUGGAGAACUUCAAGGCAGAUGGAGAUUAUCUCACAAUUGUUCACAGUUUUGAAGCCAAAAGUGUUGCACAUGCAGCUUUAGGGUCAGAUGUCAAAGCUCUGGGGAACGUUCUGGAAGAGGAGGUGAAGGUCAACAAAGUCAUAACAGAUAAACUGCAGGCCAAGCUAACCUCAUCCGGUAUGACUGGUGAAGUCAAAUCUGUCGUGGGGAAACCUGGCGAAGCGGUGGUCCAUGAAGCACAUGCACAAGGUGCUGACGUCGUAAUUUGUGGAACAAGGGGUCACGGAAAGCUGCGUAGAACGUUUAUGGGUAGCGUCAGUGAUUACAUCGUCCACCAUUCCCACGUGCCUGUCGUCGUAUGUCGUCACAAGAAUCACCAUGACAAACACGGUCAUCGUCACUGAAUGACGUCAUUCGUUCACCCUGAAACAGUUUUUCAGCAUUAAAGUGAUUUAGUCUGAACUACAAUUAAAUGUUGGUUAAGUAUUUCAUAAAUCUCAGCAUUAUGUUUCGUUAUCUUUGGUGGACAAUUAUAAUGUAAUAUUAAAUAUUAUAUAUUUUUCAGGAUAUGUAAUCUGUAGAGACACGUUGAUUUGUAUAGCUGUAAUGAUUGUGUAAGAUUUCAACAAGUCAUUUGUAUUUGCUCCACAGUAAAUAAAUUUCUAAUGUA